CAAAAUUAGAUACAUAAAUAGUAAGUGUUCUGUGACAUAAAUGUUCUGUGGCUAUAACCUCUAAAUUUUUGUGGAAUAUUCUGGAUUUAUUCAUUCAAUCGGUAUUCAUAUAAAUCAGCGAAAUUAGAGGCAACGAUUUAAAUCCAGAAUAAUAUAGAAAAAGCCUAUAAAAUAAACGUGCCUAUUAAAUCAAUAUCACUGUAAUCAAAAACAAAAAUCAAACCAAAAUAAGGUAUACCUAGUUAAUAGCAAUAGUAGGUACAUAUAGAAAAAGCUAUGGCUUUGUUGCCAGUAAGUGAAACUUCAAAGUCUAUAAAUCCUGAACCAAAUCCAAAUUUGAUGGAAAAUAAACCAAGACAACCAACAAGUCUUCAAGGACUUUUAAGAUUUUCUAUGGACGUAACUAGGGCUGAAGAUGCUCCUCUCGAAACACUAGGUCCCAUGGAUGAGGAGAGAAAAAAAUUUCUUGAAGGAGCUCUGAGUUCAAUGACAGUAGAUGUUGUUGAAAUUUUACAAACACAAAUAAAAACCUUAAGAGAUGUUGAUCGUUUAACUGAGGCUGAAGUUGCUAAUUAUAUAAAUGCUUUAGAUACUAUCUUGGAUUAUGUAGACAAUAUAGACACAGCCAAUGACUUUCACAAAAUAGGAGGUUUCUUGAUUCUAUACCCCUGCCUGAAAUCUCGAUUCUCAAAAAUCAGAGCAAUAACUUGUGAGUUGAUCGGUGUCUUAUGUCAAAAUAAUCCCUAUUGUCAAAAAGUGAUUCUGGAAAAUGAGUUUGUUCCUUUUCUUCUAAAUAUAAUAGAAACAGAUGAUGAUGUGCAAGUAAUUGUUAAGGCCUUAUUUGCUUUGGGUGGAAUAAUAAGAGAAAAUACAGAAGGUGUUUCCCAAUUUUUUCAAUAUAGAGGUCUUUCAAUUUUGUUUAAUAGCUUGUCAAAAUUCAAUAACGAGAGUGUGACCAUUAAAAUUUGUUUUCUGCUAUCAUCACUAAGUCGACUUUUUCCAGACAUAAAGGAGCAAUUAGUAAAACUUGGUUUCAUUCAUCAACUUCUCACUCUAUUCAUGAUGGAAAGGUGUCCUAGCCAUGAGUAUGUAUUAUCCUUUCUAGUUACCAUAAUGGAUAAUUAUCCACCAGCUGUAAAAGAGUGCAUAAAAUUCAGAUAUAAUGUAAAAGACAUUGUACAACGAUACAUGAAUAGCUUGAGGAACAGUGAAUAUUUUGAAGAAGAAGAGUUGUGCAGACGAAUACUACACAUGAUAAAUGCAGAGCGUUAGACAACGAGAAUACCUACAUUUUUUUAUUUAUGUUUACACAAGUUUUUUUAUAAAUUAUUUAUUUUUAAUAAAAUAGUUCAAAAUUAUGUA